AUGGAUACAGCAGAACAACUAAAUAUGACUAAAGUCAAAGAUUUUCAGCUUGAAGUUCAAUCUUCUAACUGCUGCUCAACUGCAUACACAUUAUAUGAUGAGAACUUUCUGAUGGUUGGUGACAGCACAAGGCUGGUUGUAGUUCAGAUCAUCCUCAUCCUUGCUUACAGCACAAUCAUCUUGUUUGGAGUCACCGGGAACUCCUUAGUGAUAUAUGUUGUCUACAAGUUCAAAAAUCUGCGGACUGUGACCAAUUUCUUUAUCGCAAACUUGGCUGUCGCUGACUUGCUGGUAAACACGCUGUGCUUGCCUUUCACCCUCGUCUACACCCUCUAUGGUGAGUGGAUGUUUGGUCAGGUGUUAUGCUUCAUGCUACCCUGUGCUCAAGGCAUGGCUGUGCACGUUUCCACCAUCACCCUGAAUAUCAUUGCUCUGGACCGCCACAGGAACAUCGUCUACCACAUGGAGACUAAAAUGUCCAAAGACAUGUGUGCUGUUGUGAUUGUCAUCACGUGGGCCAUCAGUGCCCUGUUAGCCAGUCCGCUUGCCAUUUUCAGGGAGUAUGGGACGUUUGAUCUUUCGCCAGGUGAGUCUAUUCAGGUGUGUGCAGAGAAGUGGCCAGGAAGCAGCAUGAAUGGAACCAUAUACAGUUUAUCAAUGCUUCUGGUUCAGUACUGUUUACCUUUAGUCAUCAACUCUGUUGCUUACAUCCGCAUCUGGAAUAAACUGAAGAACCACAUGGCUCACCGAAACGACCGAAAUGACCGUAAUCAGCGCAGGAAGAAGACUACCAAGAUGCUCUUGACCAUGGUGGUGGUCUUCGCUGUCAGCUGGUUGCCUUUCCAUGCGUUCCAGUUGGCCGUUGACAUCGACAGCACUGUGCUGUAUAUGAAGGACUUCAAGUUGCUUUUCACUGUGUUCCAUAUUGUAGCAAUGUGCUCAACAUUUGUCAAUCCCAUCCUGUACGGGUGGAUGAACAACAACUACAGGAUGGCUUUUAUGUCUGUGUUUAAGUGUUACCGGUUUUCCAGCGUGACUGCAAGAUGCUCCAAAGCCAGGGAGACACAGAAAGAGGAGGACGGGGUUUGUACUGACUGUAAAUCAACAAAUGUCUAA